UCAGUCGAGUUAUGGGUCUACUACCAACAAAAGUUAUCACAUUAAUCAGUCGUCGAAUGCUGUUGCGAGAAAGAGUCCUAGCGUCCAGUUAAUAAUGACGCGGCAAGUGUCCGCGGCACAACGAGUACAGCGUGAAAACCAUGUGUACAAUAAUUCUUUUAAUCCUAAUAAACAGCAGCCUACACAAAUUCCUUCACAGCUUAUAUCGAAUAAUCAUACGUACACAUCAACAUAUCCAAACAAAAAUCCAGCUUUUAACGAUGCAGCUAUUUUCCCUUCAACUUUCGUCACGAAUAAUCCAACUUACAACGAUGCAACAACAUACUUCACAUCAUUUGCAGCAAAAAAUCCUACCUAUAGCGAUGCAUCAUUCUUUCCUUGCCCGAAUUAUCGAUCUUACAUUUCAACAAGUUCACAUGCAUCUACGACAAAUAUUUAUCUAAAUAAUAAUGACGGUCAUAAUUAUGAUUAUAAUUCACUACAAUCAUAUUCCUCCGGCACCUCAUCCGGUAUACCACAAGCUCCUGUUUAUGAUGACAAAGACGGACAUUAUAUUGUACAUCCCGGUGAUGAUCUUACCCACCGAUACAAAAUUAUACGAAUACUUGGACAAGGCACUUUCGGGAAAGUUAUUCAAUGCUGGGACCGUGCCUACAAUACACAUGUCGCAAUAAAAAUGAUCCGUGCAGUAGAGAAGUACCGUGAUGCUGCAAAAAUAGAAAUAAGAGUUCUCAAUUGUAUAAAGCAAAAUGAUCCGUUUAACGUGCAUCAUUGCAUCCAUUUGCGCGACUACUUCGAUUUUCGUAAUCAUAUUUGCAUCGUCUUCGAUUUACUUGGGUCUUCAUUAUAUGAUUUCUUGAAAAGCAAUGAAUUUAAUCCAUUCCCGAUGAAUCAGAUACAAAAUAUAGCAAGACAGCUAUUGACCUCAGUAGAAUUCUUGCAUAGCAUGCAUUUAAUUCAUACUGAUCUCAAGCCUGAGAAUAUUCUGCUGGACACUGACCAUUACAGGAGUGUUCCAUCAAAAGGACAAGAUAAAGGAGUACGAGAACUUUAUAAUUCAGAUAUAAGAGUCAUUGAUUUCGGAAGUGCUACAUUCGAAGAAGAGUAUCACUCUUCAGUUAUACAGACAAGGCACUAUCGCGCUCCUGAGGUUAUAUUAGGGCUUGGGUGGUCGUAUCCUUGCGAUCUCUGGUCCGUUGGCUGUAUCCUCAUUGAAUUAUUCACUGGUCAAACAGUAUUUCAGACUCAUGACAACUUGGAGCAUUUAGCAAUAAUGGAAAGAGUGCUUGGUAAAAUACCUGAUAGGUUAGCAAUUCGUGCUAGCCGACAGCCCCAAUCGAAAUUCUUUAGAAAUGGGAAACUGAAUUAUCCCAAUCAUGAGACAAGUCGUCAAAGUAAACAAUAUGUGAGAGAGACUUUGAGCUUGAGAGAAUUAAUUCAGCCUCAUGCCUGUGCCUUCAACAGGCAGUUCUUUGACUUGGUGCUUGGGUUACUUCAUUACGAUCCAGCCCAAAGACUUACUGCUCGAGAAGCUUUACGCCAUCCAUUCUUCUAUGUUCCAUAUGAUAAUGAUGGCAGACCGCUACGAUAUUAA